AUGUCGAGCACGCCCUCUGCCCCAAACAGGGGUCUCGUGGUCUUCUCUGGAGGGAGUGCUGCCAAUAGCCUUGUGGACGUUUUCGAUUCUGUUCGGCAAAGCAAGGAUUGUUCCCUAAGUUAUAUCAUCCCGAUCAGUGACAAUGGAGGCUCAUCCUCGGAGCUGAUCCGAAUAUUCGGCGGGCCUGGUAUUGGUGAUGUAAGGAGUAGACUAGUUCGUCUGAUUCCACCCUCGCCUCCCGAUUCGGAGCGAGCUGCAAUCAAGACAUUAUUCAAUCAUAGACUGCCAGCGGACGAUUCCGCCCAUAGUGAGUGGCUCGCUAUCGUGGAUGGUACAUCAGCACUAUGGAGAUCGAUCACUCCAGCAAAGAAGGAGCUCAUCAGAUCGUUCUUCAACCUCCUUAACCUGGAGAUCCUCAAGCGUGCUCGACCCCCAUCAUCAACCUUCGACUUUUCCUCUGCAAGUGUUGGCAACUUGUUCCUCACAGGCGCACGGCUUUUCAGCGGGAGUUUUGAAAGCGCUAUAUAUCUACUAAGCAACAUCUGUGAUGUUUCUUCAGAUAUUAUUCGCGUGAUCCCUGCAAUUAAUUCGAACUUCUCCCACCACAUCUCCGCCUCGCUGGCCAACGGAACCAUCAUCGUAGGCCAAAACAGCAUUUCUCACCCUAGCUUUCCACCUCGGUCGGCAUCAUCACGUCCAAACCCUGCUCUGCGGGGCGGUGGAACUAGUACGUCCAUCGACCAGGGCAUUGACUAUACUGAACCAUCCGACGUCCUUGACACAGCCGUCUACGAGGACGACCAACCCCCAGGAUUCCUCCCACACCUCCGCAAGAAGAGCAUCAACUUUUCGAAGUCCGAACACGAAGACCUACCCGCCCGCAUCACUAGAGUUUGGUAUAUAAACCCCUACGGCCAGGAAAUUAGACCCCGUGCCAACCCGCGCGUUCUCGAGUCGCUGCGCGAUUCGCAAGCGAUUAUAUACAGCAUCGGCUCCCUCUACACUUCUAUCAUCCCUAGCUUAGUCCUCCAAGGCGUCGGGCAAGCCAUCGUUUCCAGCCCGGCGCGUCACAAGAUCCUCAUCCUAAACGGCUCUCUAGAUAGAGAGACCGGUCCGCCUUCAGACCCUUUUUCGGCGAUGGAUUUCAUCGAAGCAAUCACUCGCGCGGGCGAGGAGAGUCGCGGACGUACGAAGCUCGAACCCACGCCGGCAUCUACAUCCGCUUCAGAUAUCGAGGCUUUCCCAUCCUUAACUUUGGAUGAUGGAGGACUUUCCCUUCCUUACACCUCGUAUGUUACGCACGUCCUCCAUCUCGAAGGGCCAGGGACACCGCACGUCGACAGAGACCGGCUUUCUGAGCUGGGUAUUGAGACCCUUCGUCUUUAUGGGCGGAAGAUUGUCUCGUCUCAAGGCGAGACUGUAAUUGAGAUCCCUACUGGAAUGAGAUAUGAUUCCACAGGCCUGAUUCAGGCGUUGGAGGUUGUAUUGGGAAAGAAAGGGGAUGGGAUGUUGAGGGGCGCGGCCAGUAGGAGGAAUACCUUGGAUACAGGGAGGAAAAGUGGUGUUUAG